GCGGUACAUGUAUCUGGCUCACCUCACAUCAAUCCAGCCAUCAGAAGUCCUUCUCUCUUUUUAUACCGACGCGGGGAGUCUGGUUUGGGGGAUGGGUGUUGUAAGGAUCGUCAGCAGAGACGACUAACGUUUGAAAAAUGUCCAAUAUCCUCGAUGCGGCGUCCAAAGUGAAAUGGGACCGCACGGCUGCUGCGAAGCGAGCCGUGUUUCUUGCGGCUGCUGCUUACGGUGUCAAAACACUGUACCCCAUCAUCUGCAAUCAGCUCAGCAAAAACAAAGAUCCCAGGAAUAAUGGCCGGGUUUCAAAGGCGGAGAAUGGCUCUACUUGUUCGGGAAAAACACAGACAGAUGCUGUGGAUCACAGGAAGGCAUCCCCGGGUGUAAAUGCACAAUUUUUCAAGCAGAUCCUCGAACUUGGUAAAAUCCUCUUCCCCAAGCUUGUAUCCAAAGAGCUCGGUUUGCUCUCCUUGCACUCGGUGGCGCUGAUAUCCAGGACGUUUCUGUCUAUAUACGUGGCGAGCUUGGACGGCAAGAUUGUCAAAACGAUCGUGGAAAAGGAACCCAAGAGCUUCAUCAUCCAGCUGAUCAAAUGGCUCCUCAUUGCCAUCCCUGCCACGUUCGUCAACAGCGCCAUCCGGUACCUGGAGUGCAAACUGGCUCUGGCCUUCCGCACCCGCCUGGUGAACCAUGCCUACCGGACCUACUUCACCGACCAGACCUAUUACAAAGUUAGCAACAUGGACGGGAGACUCGCCAACCCGGACCAGUCUCUCACUGAAGACGUGAUGAUGUUUUCCCAGUCGGUGGCUCAUCUCUAUUCUAACCUCACCAAGCCUAUUCUGGAUGUGAUGCUGACCUCUUACACGCUGAUCCAGACUGCCAGGUCCAGGGGGGCCAACGCCUCCGGGCCGACCCUGCUAGCCGGGCUGGUGGUCUUUGUCACGGCGAAGGUCCUGCGUGCCUGCUCGCCCAAGUUUGGCAAGCUGGUGGCCGAGGAGGCUCACAGGAAGGGCUACCUGCGCUACGUGCACUCCAGGAUCAUUGCAAAUGCUGAGGAAAUAGCUUUCUACAGGGGACACAAGGUGGAGAUGCGUCAGCUGCAGAAGUGCUACCGGGCUCUGGCGGAGCAGAUGAACCUGAUCCUGUCCAAGCGUCUCUGGUACAUCAUGAUCGAGCAGUUCCUCAUGAAGUACGUGUGGAGCGGCAGCGGGCUCGUCAUGGUGGCCGUGCCGAUCAUCACGGCCACCGGCUUCGCUGACAACGAAACAGCAGAUGGUCAGACGCAGGUGUUGGUGAGCGAGAGGACGGAGGCUUUCACCACCGCCCGCAACCUCCUGGCCUCGGGAGCCGACGCCAUCGAGAGGAUCAUGUCCUCCUACAAAGAGGUCACCGAGUUGGCAGGCUACACUGCACGGGUCCACAACAUGUUUGAAGUGUUCGAGGACGUUCAGAGGGGUGUUUACAAGCGCUCCUCUCUAUCAGCCACAACAGGAGCAGAGAAGAAGAGCAAGCCUGAGAUGCACAUAGAUGGACCACUAGAGAUAAAGGGUGAAGUUAUAGAUGUGGACAAAGGCAUCGUGUGUGAAAACGUACCAAUAAUCACGCCCAAUGGGGACGUAGUAGUGUCAUGCUUGAAUUUUAAGGUAGAGGAGGGGAUGCACUUAUUAAUCACGGGGCCGAACGGCUGUGGGAAAAGCUCUCUGUUCAGGAUCCUCAGCGGCCUGUGGCCUGUUUACGGCGGCCGACUACACAAACCCUCUCCUCAAUAUAUGUUCUACAUCCCCCAGAGGCCCUACAUGUCCAUGGGUUCACUGCGGGACCAGGUGAUCUACCCAGACUCUGUGGAGGACAUGGCCGCCAGAGGCAUGCGUGACAAGGACCUGGAGGCCAUCCUGGACAUAGUCAACCUCAACCAUAUUGUCACCAGAGAGGGAGGCUGGGAUGCCGAGCUGGACUGGAAGGACGUGCUGUCAGGAGGCGAGAAGCAGAGGAUGGGCAUGGCUCGCAUGUUUUACCAAAAGCCUAAAUAUGCCCUGUUGGAUGAGUGCACCAGUGCUGUGAGCAUCGACGUGGAGGGAAAGAUUUUCCAGGCUGCCAAGGACGCCGGUAUCUCUCUGCUCUCCAUCACACACAGACCUUCCCUGUGGAAGUACCACACCCACCUGCUGCAGUUCGACGGGGAGGGAGGCUGGCGCUUCGAGCAGCUGGACACGGCGACACGCCUCACCCUCACAGAGGAGAAGCAGCGGCUGGAGGCCCAGCUGGCCGGCAUUCCCGAGAUGCAGCAUCGCCUCAACGAGCUCUGCAAGAUCCUGGGAGACGACUCUGUCCUCAAAACUGCUGAGGAGUGAGAGAGAGAGAGAGAG